AUGCAAACUGCUGGAACUGACCCGCGCGCUGACAAAGAUGUCGAAGAGACCAAAGCCGAGGAAGACAAUACGUGUGGACCGGGGGACGAUGCAACGAACGACGAAGAAAAACAAGUGGACCAUCGAGAACAAACCGCUUUGGGGUCUGCUAAUACUGUGAGCGCGGUAGGCGAGAAAAACGGCAUCCGACUCCUGGAUGUGGGGUCGAAGUCGGUGCUGGGUUGCCUCUACUUGCACGCCAAUGAAGACCGAUAUGUUGUGGAGAGCAACGAAAGGUUCCACCUGUUCGCAGUCAUUGAUGGCCACGCCGGCUCGAAGACGGCCGAUUUCCUUGUCGGUGAACUGUUCAAGACGUCACUAGACGAACUGGACAGUCGAUUCUGCGCAUUGAUCGCGCCGAAAAGAAACGAAAGUGGUGCGUGCCUUCUCGCAAUCCUGCUCUAUGUGGACCCGAGUACAAAUAUCCCACAGAAAAUCGUGCUCAACGUUGGUGACUGCCGCGCUAUUGUACGAGAGGCCCCUGAUAAGAGAGUGGAGCAAGCGCCAACAUCUAGUGAUGCUAAGACUGUUGCACUCUCAGAAGACCAUUGCGUACACAACGCAAAGGAGAAAGCGCUUGCGCUACGUAGAGGGGCCGCAAUCUGGGACGGCCGCAUUGCUGGCAUACUGCAACCCUUCCGUGCAUUCGGCAAUAUACACUUAAAGGGCCCCGACAGGAAGAACUGGGUCAUCGCCACGCCCGAGAUCCAUCAAAGUGAGCUGCUCAUUGGUCGUAGCAUCUUUGUCAUCGCCACGGAUGGAGUCUGGGGGACGAUGAACAACGAACGCGCAAUGAAGAUCGCAGUUGAGGAGCUUGGCGCUAAUGGAUCCGCUCAAUCCAGCGCCAACGCCAUCGCCGAUGCGGCUUCGAGACAGACUAAUGACGAUGUUACGGUGAUUGUCGUCUCGGUCUAA